CAUGACUCAAUGUCAGUGUCUCGUGUGGCGUGCGUGAAGUUGUUAGAUGGACAAGGAUAACUCUGUGAAAUUCAAUAAUUGGAGUCGUAUCGAACGAUAGUCUUCUGUGAAAUCGCGAAGUGUGAGCAUGGACUACUGUGGUUGUGCUAGUCGAAUAAGCCUAUGAAAAUAAAGUGCUUUGUAAUAACUUUUUGGUUUAGUACGUACAUUUAAAACUAGUAUUUUGUUUGUUAUUGAGGAUUUAACCUCUACACUUAUGUUCUAAAUUUGAAGAAGCGAAUCUAACAUGAGCGAAACGUUGGGAACGAGAGAGCCUGUAGAAAUUAAAAUUCCAGUUCCUUGGGGUCACAUUAGUGGUAAAUGGUGGGGGCCACAAGACAAAAAUCCUGUCAUUGCGAUCCACGGCUGGCAAGACAACGCAGGAACAUUCGACAACUUGGCGCCGUUGCUCCCAGCAGAUGUUCCCUUCCUAUGCAUCGACCUCCCUGGCCACGGAUUCUCUUCUCAUCUGCCUCCGGGUCAGUUCUACUAUAUAUGGUGGGACAGCCUGGUGGUUGUGCGGAGGGUGGUGCAGUAUCUGAGGCUGGAGAAAGUAACGCUGGUCGGACACUCUCUCGGGGGCGCUGUAGGGUUCUUGUACGCCGCCACGUAUCCUGACGAGGUGGACAAACUGAUCUCCAUCGACAUCGUCUGUCCUCGGGUCGAGAGUCCGCAAACUAUCGUAGAUCGCACAAAGAUAUGCGUUGAUAGGUUUCUGAAGUACGAGAGCAUGUCUGCGACAAGUGUGCCUUGCUACGAGCGCCAAACGAUGCUGGACAUCGUGGAGGACGCGUACCAGGGCUCGGUGUCACGGCAGAACUGUGAGGUGAUGAUGAGGAGAGGGAUGAAGCCUUCUCCGGAUAACAAUAACACGUACUUCUUCUCCCGGGAUUCCAGGCUGAAGAUUGCUGGCUUGGCGAGUUUUUCCAAAGACCACGUACUAGCGUACGCAGCAAAAAUCAAGUGCGAUUAUCUCAACAUACGAGCAGACCCUGGUAUCAGUUUUGCCUAUCCAGAACUCUACCAUCAGCUGUUGGACGUGAUCAGAGAGAAUUCAUCCAGGUUCGAGUUCCACAAGGUGAAGGGAACUCACCACAUCCACCUGGAGGAUGCUCCAGCCAUCGCCGGUAUUGUAGGGAAUUUCCUCACGAAGGAGGGACCAGUCUCGAUGGCUCAGAACCACAACGACCUUGUAAUCUAGAGAAAUCCUAGGCUGCAAUAUUUUUACACAUUGUUAGUAUAUUAUCGUGCUAAGGAAUCGUGAUCACACUGAACGUUAUUUAUUUAGCGUAGGAUAGUCUUUUUAAUUUCUCUGAGAGUUUAGCAAUAAUGUGAUAUUUUUCUGUAUAAGCUGUACAUAAUUAUUAGUAAUGAUUUCUUGUAUUGAAAGUAAAAUCACUGUGUAUUGAGCAUUUAAUGGCUUAGGGAUCAUUUUAAUAGGUAUUUAUGAUAUUUUUACUAUAAUUUCUUUAUGUAGAUACAAAGGCAUUUUAAAUUUCUGACCAUCAUAUAAUCUAUAAAAGCAAACAAGAAAAUCUUUCAACGGAAGGCACAGACUGUCUUCUCUAUUUCUUAGCAUUGCAUUUCAGUUUCAUUGCCUUAUGGUUUCCGUUACCUUGCAAUUUACGCAUUUACAACAUUUUCAAAUGGCACUAAGCUAUUAGAUGCAUUAACAAUGUUGUAAUAUGAUCUCUCUCAGAAAGUCUAGUCUCACUUUUUUUGAACUAAAACUUACAUAAAUCUAAAGAUAAAGAUCCGAGGUUCAGUAUUAUACUGUAAAACAUUCUAUAGUUACGUUGUAUUGUUCAUUUCAAAAAUUUAAAAUUGUACGUUCACAUUUCUGAUUGCAAUUUGUUCAUGUAAUUAUGAACGCGUAAAAAUUACUGUAUGUUUUCCAAAAUUUCUUGUCGAGAGUUUACGUUCUACAUGAUCAUGAGUAAUAUUAUUGAAUAGUGUAUUCUUGGCUUUCAGAAACGUUUUAAGAGCCAGUUAGAAAAUAAAAUGUUUAUACAAUAGCUCUUUGAAAAGGUUAUGUUUUGUAAAAUCGCAAAAUGCUUAAUGCGUCAAAAAUAGCUUCAUUAAUUUUUUUACUUUCAUGUUGUCUGGAAGUAGUGAAAUUCAUAUUAACUAUCAUCAACAAAAAGAAUAACUUCUAUAAGGAACAGUAUAGUCACUGAAAACGAUGAUCUAGUAUUUUAUUUUCGCUCUGUAGCACAAUUGCCGACUGCUAGUAUAUAACGUUGCCGUGAUGAUUUCUCUGUUGUCAUUACACCAUUAUCAAUACUAGUGUAUUGUUUGCUACUUAUUUGGAUCUUUUAGGCUUUCCUUGUUUAGUGUGUACAAAUACAUGUUUUUGUGCAAGAUUUUAGUGAACUGACUGGAUUUUUAUGAUUUUUUUUAUUGUUGGGUAAAUGAUUUUCUGUACAUUUCACAAUGAGUAUUAAUUUGAACAGUAGUGGUAUUAGGAAUGUACUGGGUAGUGAAUCGGAAAAUGUUAUUUGGUAGAUACGGAUGAUGUCUUACCUGACUUGGAUGGCCUUAUGAAUUAUUCGUGCCUGAUUCUAUUGACUUGGAAAAAUAAAAAUACCUACAUUGUUGUACAUUUUUGUAAACUUCUAUAAAUGUACUUUCUAUAAAUCAUUACUAGAAAAAGGGAACAACAAUUACAGGAGAAUAUUAUGCAUUAUUAUUGGAACGGCUGAGGAAAGAAAUCAAGGAAAAAUGUCCACAUCUGAAAAAGAAAGUUUCUGUUUAAUCAAGACAAUGUACGGGUGCACUUAUGCUCAGUUAUAAUGGCCAAAAUUAUGGAAUUAAAGUUCCAAUUAUUACAACAUCCAAUGUAUUCACCAGAUUUGGUCCCUAGUGACUAUUUCCAGUCGUGUGUAAAUGGUUUGGCAAAUAAAGGUUUACGUCUAACAAGUAAGUAAUCACCGAAACAAAUGCCUAUUUUGAGGAGCUUCCAAAAUCCUACUUUUUAGAUGGCUUUAAAAAAUUGGAAAACACUUACACAAAUGUAUAGAGUUGAAAAGAAAUUAUGUUAAAAAAUUUGUUUUAAAUUCAGGCCAAAAUUGGUUUUUUCUAUUUUUUUCUAAGGACUUCUUGAAUGACCCUCGUACUUGUUAUUCAUUGUAACAAUAACACUGUAUUAUUCUGCUAAUAUACCCUCAAUAUCCUUUUUAUCAGUUUGCAGUGGUGAAAUUUCUUCACUAAGUGCAUCAAUUAACAUUUUGUUUCGUUGCCUUUCUUGAGUAGCUUUUUCGUGGAAACACAUCGAAACAGUUUUUAAGUUCCUAUAACUCUUUUCUCCUGAAUUUUAUCAGAUUACUCUUCUCCAAUUUAGGCAUAACUUCACACUUAUUUUUUUACAUUCUAAAUUUCGUACUUAACGUUUUUGUCCGCAUUCAGACUAUUCAUUUUCCAGUCUCUUGUUCAGGUUAUUUGUCUUUGGGUUUCAGUUGCUAAGUUGGUUAAUAUCAUUGCUAAACUUCUUUGUAAAGGUUAAGCUUUUCUGUUUAUAUCAGUUUAAUACAUUUUUUUUCUCAUCAGUUGAAGAAUUCUGAAUGUUGCAUGUGAAGGGUUAACAGGUCCGUCAUUGCUAUCCAGAGAGGAUGAAGAACACCUCUGGCGUGGAAACCUCUCUGACUGAUAGAACAGCACCCUUGAUCUAUGUAUCCAGUCCAUAUCCAGGAUCAUAUCUUCCAAGAGGAGGAGCAUAGGUUGUCUCUUAGCUUUUGCAAAUGAUGGAUGUCAGGUCUUAUUGAAUAGAUAUAAGAAACACAAAUUAAAAUUGCCUGCAAGAUUUUCACUAAUGGUAAUAAGACAUAAAAUUUAUUAUUUUAUAUUUAAUUUUGUUGCGAGAAAUUGUUCAAUAAACAUUAUACCCACGUAGUCUUAUCUCUCUUCUCUCUCUCUCUCUUCGAAAUGUUGAGUUCAAUAACAAGGUUUUUAUAAUAAUGCAAUAGAAAACGUAUCUGUGAAUACAAUUUUUCAUUUGAUUUUGAUCACUUCUCAUCAGUGUUAAAACUGUUGACCAUUUUGAAAUUCUUUCAGGUAAUAAAAUGCUUAGCACAGAGCGCAACCUAACUUAUCGUCCAAAACUACUGAUGAAAUUAAGUUAUAAAUUUGUACGAAGAAACAGACAACUUGUUGUGAACUUUGUAAGCAUGGAUAGAGAAACCAAAAUACCAUAGUUAAUCAGAAUUGGGAUAGAAAUAGUUCUCCUACCAAAUAAAAAAACGUACUUGUAUGUGAUGUAUAUUUUUGUUAGUAACUUUUAUAUAAUUUACGUUGUUAUUUCAACAAAGUAAAAAUUGUGUUUAUUUUAACCAUUGAAUUCUGAAUUAUUGUUAACCAAAAUGUUAAGCAAAAUUUUGUAUUCAUUACUUUUACUGUUAUAGGAAGUACACAAUGCUACUGAAAAGGUAAUUUAUUGCAUGGGAGAUGCUUAAAAUAAAUGAAACCAGGCCAAUCUGCUCCUUAGUAAUACAUUUUCCCAUUAAACCUAAUGUCAGUACGUAUAUAAAUGUAUAUUAUUUUGGGUGCUAAUUCUGUAGACUCUUUUGAUCUUUUUUUGUCAGUGAGAAAAGCUGUAAGUGGCUGAAGAAAUGCUAUUAGAGUUUGAUGUUAAAUUAAAGAUACUCCAAGCAGCAGAUUUACUAUUUAAUUAAGACUUGCACUAUUUGUUGGAUAACUAGCACUUCAAAGUUAAAAAUUACUGUUACCAACCAAGUGAAUAGUAAAUUUACAUGCAAUCUCGCAGGUACUCAUUAAAAAAAGGUUUCUGAUAUGAUGUGUCUGUUGGAUGAAAUUAUGUAUCUGUUUGAAUUCACAAGUUUCUGAGUAUGGUGCUAUGGAAUAGGAUAGAUGAAAUGUGAAUUUCUUCUGAUGAGAUGCUUAGUCAUCGUCUACAUACUCACGAGUUCGUCCUUCACGUAAAGUUGCCCAACAACGUCUCUGUAGAAGUGAGUCGAUGUGGAUCAGUGGAAUUGCAAAGCUCCACAACUUGAAUUGCAACAACAAAAAAGUAAAAGGUUUCCACCAGAACUUGAAUUUUGAGUUUAGUUCCAGUUCACCUUCCUUUUAUUGGAGCGUCUGGUAUCUGAUGCUGUCUCAGACUUGACUCCUGGAAUUUGGAGUCAUGUUCGUCUGAAGAGAUCCAAAGAAAGUCGAUGACGAAGAAGCUCAAAACGAAACAUUUACAUUAUUUCGACAUCAGAGAUACCUAUUAAUAGUCUCAUCAGGUACACAAUUGAACUGCCACGACAACACAACUGUUGCUCGGAGUUUUGUAAAAUUCUGUGAGGUGAGCUAUUGUGAUAUGCGUUUUAUGAAACUUUGUUGUCAUUUGUUUUGACCAAUUUUUUACACAGUUGGUCACUGCAGAAUGCCACAAGAGCUACCGUUGCCUUUCCCCUUACAUGGGUUCCCAGUUCCUUCAUUUAACUAACUCAUGGCCUGUACUAUAAGUUUUUAAGGCAUAAAAAGUGCACUUAGGUAGUUACAUGCUGUAGUAGGAAACACAAUUGUAAUAGCUAUAGUAAGCACCUAGUUAGGUAUGUAUAAUCACAUCAUAUUACAACUACAACCAGUGGCGUAAUUAAGACCCUUGCUUUGGGGGGACGAAUCUAGCUCACCACAUUGGAGGGUAUGGAAUAAAUCUAAUUUUAAAUAAAUUAGAUAGGCCUAAUUCACAGUAAAACACUUAACUGCUGUAUUUCAAAUAAGUUGAGUACGUUGCUGUCAAACAUAUAUUUUAAAAUUGUUUAGUGUUUUUGGAGGGGGCUGUAUCCUCUCAUCACCCCUUAGUUACGCCGCUGAUUACAACCACUAUAUAAAUGACAUAAAAUGAGCACAUUGAUUUUAAUCAAAUACUCAGUUUUUUUAUAAGAAAACGGUUUUUGAUCAAAAAUACAGUGCAAAUCUGGUGUAACAAUUAUGAUUAUAUUUUAAGAUUGGAUCAUAUGAAACAUGUAUUUUUUUAUUUUAGGUGAGUGUUUAGUUUAUAAAUUUUAUCAAUUAAUUACAGUUUUUGUCUUAAAAUUUUUUUUUAUAAAGAAUGUUGUUAUUUUCACAUUUAUAACCUAUAAAUCGGCCUUUAAGUGGUUUAACCUCAUCUAGAUGAAAAAUAAUUUAAUAUUGAUUUUUUGUAAAAAUUAUAUGGAAACUAUGGACAUCAAACAUUCCAAACAAGACGACAAAACUCACCAUUUCAUUAGUAUGGAAACAGUGAAAUAUAAUAUAAAAGUAGAAUGUUUGGGCAAUAUUUUGGCACUAUAUAUUUAGAGGAGAUUAACACAUUCACUGCUGAGAAAAAUAUUGAAACUCAUAAUGUUCAAUACAGUUGCUGAAGGUCUACGAUCAGAGACGGCAGCUUCCGUGGUAAGUUCACCACCUCUCUGAUUGGAGACAUUAGCAGUGAAUUUACGCUUUGACAGCAGUGCCUCCUAGCUCAUAUACUGCAAGCUAUUGCUACAGAUGCUGCAGCAGUUGUUGUUACUGUAUAUUGUCAGCACUGAAGUGAAUGUAUUUGGUUCAAUUUGUUGUGACUGAAUUGUGAAAAUGUUUAACCCAUCGUAGAUCAUUGAUGAGAUAUCUCAUUCAGUAGUAGAGAUGACAAGUUCAGCUCAUCAUUUUUAAUAUUGCCUCUUAAUAGUUAUAAUAUUGCUUGGUAGAGUGCAGUUUUGUGUUUUUUGGACAACUUAGCAUUUUUAACAUUGAUCUUACUUGACUCUGUUUUACUUUCUCAAUUUUUAGUUUUACUUUCUCAAACUUCUAAUAAUCCGUUCAAUAGUGGUUUUAACUUUUUAUUUUCCUUAGAUAUAGUUAUAAUUUUUUCAGUACAAAAGCACAAGUAAUGUAUUUAAGCACUAAAAUUAAUUUCGUUUUAAAGACAGACUUGAGUUAAGGCCGCAAGUAGUGUGGUGAUAUAGGCUGGUUUACAUUAGUCGAGGAAUCUUAGCGUACUUACUCGGCCCAUUCUACUCACUGUGUAGUUUUAGAAGACUGUAUCCACACUCAGUUUUGAAGAAAGUAUUGAUUGUUUGAUACGGAACUGUUUAAAUCAGUCAGCAAAUGCCCCAUUACAAGUGAAAAUAGUGGAAAAUAAAGUAAACAGAGAAACACGUUAGGUAAGAGAUUGGAUUAGGAGAAGGGCACUGCAUCUGCUGUACAAGAUGAGUACAUGUCAUUCCUCAGAGUAACUCGAGAUAAUUUUGAUAAUUUUUGUGAUUUCAAUAAAGCUGAAAAUCACACAAAAUUGAGUGAGUCAUCUGGACAAUUAAGAUAACAGACUACAGCUAGUAAUUUAACUGUAGGUAGUGACCUGUUUAUCGCAUUUAGUUAUUUUUGUAUGUAGAGCUAAAGAGAUACCAUAAAAAUUCUUCAUUAUGUUAUACCUAAAAUGUUUAGUGUUUUCUCUUUACUUCAUGUUUGGUAAAAGUAUUACAAUAAAAUGAUAUAAUGCCAGCACUUACCAAGCCAGCUUACUUACUUAUUUAUUUUGUUGAAUUGGGUGACUUUACAGCAGAAUGUUUGAUAGAUUAAAAUCUGGGUGGUGGAGGGCUGAAAUUACUUGACUUGCCCGCCAGCUGGGUCUGCAACUCGACUUGUCCAGUUAUUUCGAGUUGAGUUGACGGGCGUGCACUAACUUGUCAUCCCAUUCGACCAAUAUAAAAAGGGCUUAUGCACUUUACAGUACAGCCGCUGUACAACGUCCAAUAAUUCGUUCCCAACGCGAACAAACGCUGCGUUCGCGUUGAUUCGUUCGCUCAUACAACGAUCCAAGAUGGGUUAAUCCAAAGUAUUGUUAACAAAACAUGUUUUCUAUUCCACCAUUUCUUACAUCGUUUAUACAAUGUUCCUCUAUCAAUGUAAUGCUUCUGAUAAUACAUUGUUGAUUUAUAAGGUUU